AUGCCGCCGUUGGCUUGGUCAGUAAUGAUGGGUCAGACAGAAGCCGCUGAACUGCUACUCCAACAUGGUGCGGACAUUAACGGCAGAAACAAAGACGGUAACACUGCCUUGCAUCUUGCUGCGUUUUUCGGGCGCGCCGAUGUGGCGAAACUUCUUCUGGAAAAUGGCGCAAACCCCCAAGCACGCAACAAUGACGGGGCAACACCAAUAGAUGUCUUAUAUGUUGAUUGGGAAACGACUGCCUUCAUCGGCAACUUGGUCGGUGUAGACACCGGGAAGGAAGAUAUCGCAGCGAUGAAAACAGGUAGAAACGAUGUGGCGAAACUCUUCGGGGUCAAAGGGACAUUCGACGAUGCGGGCACAUCCUCUGCACAGAAUUUAUCGGCAGCAGCGUUCACCGGCAAUCUCGCAGCGAUGAAACAGGCUUUAGCAGACGGCGCAGACCCCAAUACGAAGGACCCGACAUCCGGAGGUACGCUGUUGUCCACUGCCGCGUUGAUGGGACACACGAAAGUUGUGGCACUGCUCCUUGAACACGGCGCGGACAUUAACGCGAAAAGUCGGGAUGGUGGAACAGCACUGCAUGCAGCGGCUUUCCUUGGUCGUGUUGAGACGGUGAAACUUCUUCUUGAUAAAGGGGGCGGAUACCACGCUCCGAAGCAACAUGGGUGGCACAGCGAUAGAUGGCGCAAAACUGAACUGGCUGAUAACCAAGGGUAUACUCGGAAUGUUGAAACUUGA